GAUCAAUAAUACGGAUUAGAACACCAUUUUUUCAUAACUUUUACUCGAAAAAGAAGAGCUAACUUGAUGAAAAAUAAGAGAAAUGAGAUGAGGAAGAAUCCAAAAGGGCAUAAAUAAUCUACUUUUUCGAAAAGAAAAAAAUUGAUUGCUGAAUAAUCUGGAGGGCUGAAAAUGAGGUCGGAAUGAAACUCAAAUUCAGAUCAAAUUCACUCCGCCUUCUCAAAACCCACAUUUUUAUUAUUAUUGAGUAUUCCUUUUUUAUUUUCAUUAUUAAUAAAUUCACGCGUAGUCUUUCCUCUUCUAGUCUUCUUCCUCCCUCCGUCAUGAAAUCCGUGUCGUACACCUCGUCGCCUUAACCAAAAACAAAAGAAAACAAAAAUUCCUUUCAUUUUCUUCUUGUGCUGCUUUUCUUUCUUCAUCUUCUUCUUUAGACUUUGCAGCUUCGAUGGUGUAGACAGAGAGAGAAGAGCGGAACCCUUUUGUUUCCUUCCCACCCUUUCCCAUUCUCCAUCAUCGCCAUAUCCGCCGCUGAAAACGGUUAACAUUUUGUUGACUGAUGCUCUCUUCUUUCCCUCCCUAAUACCACUUUACACUGUCUUCUCUCUGUUCUUUUCCCCACUGUUUCGCCGGCUUCUAGCUUCUAGCUUCCGUCUGCCGCUUCAAUGAUGCUCUGCUCCUGUCAUCUCACGAGGUAGUAGUUUGUUUGUUUGUUUGUUAUGCCUGCAAGGUGCUUGGUUAAUUUCCUGUGAGAAAGGUUCGGCCUUUUUGACGAGUUGUUUUCUCUCUUUCUUUUUGCCGACUUCGUUUGCAGUGGGUUUUGAUUUUGGUGGGAGAGAACCGAAGUGUUAUUUUUUUUCGGGCCAUUUGUCUGAGAGUUGGUUGCUGUUUUAGGGGGUCGAAAGUAGGGAAGGUUGGAAGAGGGAAAUGGGUGAUACGGAAGACAGGAGCACUGAAGUGAUGCAGCGGUUGCAAUCUUCGUUCGGGACUACUCAGUCUUCUUCUUCGAUGUUAAAGCAGCAGCCUUUUUCAUCGGGGAAGCAGCUUGAUAUCCCUCCUUUGAGUCAAAACCAAAUGCGGACGAGGCAUUUCGCUCAGUUUGCCCAGCAGGGUUUUGGCGGGGAUAACAGCAGUAAUGGUAGCAAGAGAGUUGGGAUUCCACCUUCACAUCCCAACCAGAUCCCACCCAUUUCGCCUUUCUCUCAGAUCCCAGUGUCUAACAGGCCAAUCAACCAGCAAAUGGGUUCACAGAGUUACAGCCCUGGUCGCGGUCAUUCACGAUCCUUGUCACAGCCGUCGUCGUUCUUCUCACUUGAUUCUCUGCCACCUCUGAGCCCUGCAUCAUUCAGAGACCAUUCCCCCACUACUGCUGUUUCAGAACAUAUGUCGACUGAUGCUUCAAUGGAGGAUAGGGAUGGGAACUCUCACUCUUUAUUGCCACCAUCGCCGUCGCCUUUUAGCCGGGCAGGUACUCCUCGAGUUGGUGAGAGUUUGCCUCCUAGGAAGGCUCAUAGGCGGUCUAAUAGUGAUAUCCCAUUUGGGUUUAGUGGCGUGAUGCAGUCUUCCCCGCCACUUGUUCCAUUGAGAGGGACAGCUGGUUUUGGUAAACCAGAUCAGUCGGUGAAGAGGGAGUGGGAGAAAGGUGUUGAUAGCAAUGAAGAAGGGGCGGGGGAGAAGAAAUCUGAAGGUGAAGUUGUGGAAGAUUUGUUUUCUGCGUAUAUGAAUUUGGACAACUUUGAUGCGUUGAACUCAUCUGGGACAGAUGACAAGAAUGUUACUGAGAAUCGUGAGGAUUUAGAUAGCAGAGCUAGUGGAACCAGGACCAACGGGGAUAGCAGUGAUAAUGAGGCCGAGAGCAGCAUGAAUGAAAGUGGGAGCAGCUUUCCGAGAGGAGGAUUGAGUUCUUCAGUGGAGAGAAGGGAAGGGGUUAAAAGGAGUGCUGGAGGGGAUAUUGCUCCAACUUCAAGACAUCAUAGAAGUGUUUCCUUGGAUAGUUUCAUGGGGAAGUUAAACUUUGGUGAUGAGUCCCCAAAGUUUCCUCCUUCACCGGGGCCUCUUCUAGGACAAUUAUCUCCUACUAGCUCGAUUGACGGGAGCACCUUUAGUUUGGAUUUCGGUAAUGGAGAGUUCAACAAUGUUGAACUAAAGAAAAUUAUGGCGAACGAGAAACUUACUGAGAUUGCUUUAACUGAUCCAAAGCGUGCAAAGAGAAUUUUAGCAAAUCGUCAAUCUGCUGCUCGUUCUAAGGAAAGGAAGAUGAGAUACAUUUCAGAACUGGAGCACAAGGUGCAGACUCUUCAGACAGAAGCUACUACAUUGUCUGCCCAGCUUACUCUAUUGCAGAGAGAUUCUGUUGGACUUACAAAUCAGAAUAAUGAACUGAAGUUUCGUCUACAAGCCAUGGAGCAACAGGCACAGCUUCGAGAUGCUCUCAACGAAGCUUUAACUGCUGAGGUUCGACGACUGAAGAUCGCCACUGCUGAAAUGAACGGCAACAGCUUUGAUGCAUCCAAAGGAAUGGUUCCACAGCAGAUGUUCCAGCAGCAGCAGCAGAUGUCCUCCCAGCGCAACACCCAUCAAUUGCAGCAGCAGCAGCAGGAACAGCAGAACGGAACAAACUCGAAAUCAGAAGCUAGCCAGUAAAUGCAAAUUCAUUCAUUAAGUUUCUCUGUAUCCCCACCGGCGGUGGUGAUUAGAGAUUGGUGAUUAGAGAUUCCCCACAUCUUUCUUCGACCCCUUCUGGCAUAUCAAUCUUUUGCUGCAAUCAAUGGUUAUUCAUAUAUACAGGCGUUCUUCGUAUUAUAUAUUUUAUUACAUGUUAGAUGGUAUAGUCAAAUGAGUACAGCUCAUAUUCCUUUAUGUACUUAUAUUUAUUAUAUUUACAUAUCCAUAUAUGCUAAGUAAAAACGGGUUCAUCUGUUGAAGAUGUCGUGUGGUUUUGGCUCGAGCACGAAGACAGAUUGCAAAAGUUGGACUUUAAAACGCGUCCCGUCUCCUGCUAUUUUAGUAUCACUAGCAACUAGCGUGGGCGCCAAGGUGAAGUAUGAAAUUUGAUAAUGUAAUAGGGUGUAUAGCUUAUUGUGUAUAGGUUUUUUUUAGAAUCACAUGAUAAAAAUAGUGAAUUUUAGUAAGAAAGAGACAUGAAUGAUGCAACGAAUUAAAAAUCAGCCUUAUGAAUCAAAAUCAAGUACCUAUUACCUUGUGAAACAAUAUUAUUUCUGGUAAUAUGAUGAGGUGGAAUAAGUUUUAUAGAAACCGAAUUCAGGAAAAUCGAAUAAAAAAUCGUCUAUCCCGUCGGUUUUCGGGAAAUGAGCAUCUCACAAUCGUUGCUAGCUUUUACUCAGCCCGUUGGCCAAUUAAUUUGCUUUAUAGAACUUUCAUCUUAUCAUCAUUGUGCUUUCUGGUUUUUUGCCAAGCCAUGAUAAAAUCGAAAGAAAUCAAGAAUGAACAACACGAUUUGGGAUAGGAACCACCGUUCCUAUAUCCCUAGAAAAUGGUGGUAAACACAGACUCACCUGCCAAACUGGUUUGGAUUGAGAUUUUUAUCGGGUAUCAGGGAACCAUGUGAUUAUAAAUUAAACUUGAUCAAAACGGGCCAAUCCCGUGUAGGUCAGACCCAUUCAACUUUUUUUUUUUUAUGAUUAGUGGUUAGCCCAAUAGAAUCCAUGCAUUAGUUUAUUUUUAAUUUUUUUUUCUUUUUAGCAAUAAAAAGGUGUAUUGUUUUUGCAUUUUCAUAUAUAUUUUACCGACACAUAUGAAUAAAAGGACUUAAAGAAAAAAAUUGACACUCGUGGAUCCGUUUAAAUCUGCAUAUGUACGGUAAGUUGGCCCGUUCCACAGACGAAAAAGAAAAAAAAAUUGACACUCUCUAUUCUAUCCUUCCUACAAACACUCCUGGAGCAGGGAAUUUGAAAUGGGGAAAGGGUUUUUUCCUCUCUGUGAUUAUAUGUUUUUAAUUUAAAAAAAUAAACAAAUAUACUUAGUGAGUGUGAUUGGUUAUGAUCUUUGCUUUUCUUUAAAGUGAUCAUGGUUCAAAUCCUAGUAAGUGUCUUUUUGAUGAAUAAAAAAAGUAAUUAUGGAGACCAAAAUGUCCUUCCUACUUUCACUCUGAAUGCAGAAAAUUUGAAAUGGAUCUUCAAGUUUUCUCAUUUGGCUUUUAUUUAUUGUGUAGACUAGUUUUUUAUCCGCCUUGGCGACAUUAAGACAAUAAAUGUAUUUAAAAUAUUAUGCACUCAUUUAAUGAUUUAUUUGAAAUUAAAUAAUUUACAAAAUAAUUUGGAUAAGAUUCUUUCAAAAGUUUAUGUAGUGUCUUAAUUAUUAUACAAGACUUACAUAAUACGUUUGUUUAAUUGAUAGAUAUGAAAUAAUAAUCCCUUUAUAAGUUUUACAAAAUUUAUUUUCAAUUUACAUAAUGGUUAUACAAUAUUGUUACGUUGAUCUUCCGUAAUGUGUGAUCUAAUAAUAAAAUCUAAUAAAAAAACAUCAAAUUUGAUUAGACUAUCAUGUAAAAUUAUCUUAUCUUGGAGAAUCUAUACGUAAUGCAAAGUGGUGAGAUAGUGAGUAUUGUAGGUACAUAAGCUAUAUUUUAUAAUAAGUGAAUUAAGUUAUGAAAAUUAUCGUUUGAUUAUAUAAUACUAGACUGUACCUAGUCCGUUGGCCGGUUGCAAUAUGAUGAUAUUAACUAACAAAGUUUCAAAGUUUAAAUUUCAGUAAUCUCCACUUCUCUUAUAUUCGUGUCAGAAUUAUAUGUUCAUGUCAUGCGAAUUAACAAAUAAUGAUAUCAAUUUUACCAAAUUGCAAGCUAGUUUCUUGCUUUUUAUCUUUAAGAAAUUUAAAUUAUUCAAUUCUUCGAGAAGAGAAUGUGCAUCCAUCAUAAAAAUCAUCAACAUCGUAAUCAGAGCCAUCUAUGUUGAUUCUUGUUGAAAUUAAGCAUAUAGGUGUUUCAAAAUAAUCGGUAUCACCUCUUAACCAUCAACCAUCUUCAUCAUUAACUCCACUAUAUUCAUCAUUGAUAGGUGCUUCACAACAAAAGAAUUUGCAUCAUUAUAGUUGCAAAUUUUGUUUGAGAUUCAUUUAUUCCAUCAAUAGUUAUGUUCAAAAUUGUUAAUUUGGUUAUGGAAUUGUUAAUUUGUGAUUCAACUUGACGAUUCAUUCUUCCACUAUUUUUUAAUAGAUUUUCAACAGUAAUUCUCAGAAAUCCUGAAUUCUUGAUGAUCCAAGACAACAAACUCAUAUUUGGUAGUAUUCACAACUCAAGUUGGAUCAUAAAUGUGAAAAAUGUUAGUUGAUUGGGUAGUAUCCUCAUUAAAUUUGGAUCUUAAAUAUGAAAAAUGCUAAUAAUUGAGAUUCAUUAUUUAGAUCGAAGAGCAAUAUAAGCUUUAGUGAGACUAUUCCUGAAUCGACUAUAGGAGCUUGAUCUCAUUUGUUAUAAUUAAAAUUAAAUAAUUUAAGAUGCAUAGUAUUAAUAGCCUUAGUAACAAUUUAUUGUGAUGAGCAACAAUUCUGCUUCAUUGAUUUAUUUUCACAAUACAUCUCUUCUACUCGAAUUGAAACUUAGAACUUUAACAAAACCAAGUGAUUUUAAUCGGUAAUUGUUUGUUGUCUGAUAACUAAGUGUAAAAAUAUUUAGUCGCUUAUUACAAUCUGAAAACCCUCGAGGCUCAAACUUGCUAAUAAAUGUUUUCGAAAUUUGCAGGCAAUUAUCAUUUUUUUUUUGUCGAACAAUUAUCAUUCUUUGAGAAGAAAGCAAUGAUAUUAGAAAUUAAAUUUUAGACCAAAUUCUUUUAUGCUCGAGCUAAACAUAGAAGUUUAUCACCGAAUGAAAAAUGAUCAUAUUCUUGAAUUGUUAAAUCGAAAACCAUAUGGAACUUCAUUUUUUUAUACGAUAUAAUUGCAUGCAUAUUGGUUAACGUGAAAAUAUUUAGUGAAACUAUAUUCAAUAUCCAUAUAAUACAUGUAUAAGUGUUAAAUGCAUUUGAAAUUCUUGAUAAAAUUGUGUUUAUUUUUCUGUUUAUUUAUUCUAUAUGUAUAACACGUAUAAUAAUGGUAAAAGAAAUCGUAAGUUUAUGUCCAAGUAAACUAAUGAUGAAUUAAUUUAUGUUGAUUUGUAAUUAUAAGUUAUAAUUUGGUGGGCUGUGGAAAAGGAAAUGGAAAGCCCAAUUGAUAUGUCCAGUUGUGUGAGUAACCCAUAGUCCCAUAGUAGCAUGCACAGAAAAUUGAGAUGCCAAAAGACUUAUUAGGGCUUCCUUGCUUUGCGGGGAGGCCAAGAAAAUUUUAAUUGGGUAGGUGCUGAUUGCUGAGUAAGAAUCUCCUUACAUGUAUUUGAGGACAAACUCACAUUACAAAACUUCUGUAUAAAUGUUAAUUGAUGAGAUGGUCAACAGUUGGUUAUAAUGUAAGAUUUUUUUAUUCAAUCUUUUAUCACGGAAGACUUAUGUUGUAUGUUUAUUCAAUUGAUAAAUAAGAAUUGUAUCAUGUCUGCCCAUUUUCAAAUUGCUAGGCUUGGACACAUUAUGAAAGAGAUCUGUCUAGGGACUUUAUGAUCGGAGAAAAGAAAGGAGAUCAUAUCUGCUCAUGCUCGUUUUGGACUCAUAUCCAUGUUUAAUGAAAAGGGGAAAAAAUACAACAUUUGGUAUCAUACAUCAUCCAUACUUAACAUUGCAAAGGCUUUCAUGACUACCACAUCAUGAGCAUGAAAACACUUGAAUAUGUUGUGAUCUUUCCAAUGUGUGAGUGUUUUUCAAUAAUAGUUGUGAGACAAUGUUAAUUAUCUUACGAAAUGAACAUUUUUUUUUACGUAACGAGUAUAAACAUUAUGUUACGUA